UGUACUUCCAUUCCUGUAUUACUCUAGCUAAUCUUUGUCCUGUAUUGACUAAAUCUUUCUAAUUUGUGCUGUAGUGUAUGUAUGUACAUUAUUACAAGACAACACGUUGUUGUUUUGCCUUACCGUUAUCGCUAUUAUCUAGAUCGCAAUUUUAAUUUUUCGCAAAGGGGCACGAUGGCAAAAAGACCAGCAUCAGAAGCUUUCGAGCUCGACGAGACUAAAGAAAAGGUGCCAAAGAAAGAAGGCAAAAAACACUCCUUGGAUUCUGAUGAAGAAGAUAGCGGCGCUGAAGAAGAACGGAAUAAUGUGAUGCAUGCUGAUGAUAUCGAAGGAGAAGAGGAGGGAGUUGGAGGCAUGGAAGGUGAAAUUACCAUAACACCAUUCAACAUGAAGGAAGAACUUGAAGAGGGUCACUUUGACACUCAAGGCCAUUAUCACUGGAAGAAAGAAAAAGAAAUCAGAGAUGGAUGGCUUGACAAUAUUGACUGGGUUAAGGUAAAAGGGAGGCCAGAAGACAAAUACAAAGUACAUAAAGAUGAUGACAACAAAGGUCUUGGUGAAUCCAGUAGUGAUGAAGAAGAAAUGGAAGAGAAAUUUGACUUAAUUGAGAACUAUAAGGAAAUAUUCCAGCAUAUGAAGCCUAGGGAGACUAUUGCCAAAGCACUGCAACGUUUGGGAGCUGCAUCAAAAAUAUCCAGUGCCGAGCGUUGGAAACGAAAAAAGGCGGGCAUUGUUGAUGAUGGCAGCAAAAUUGUCACCAGGGUUACAGAAUUAGCAAAUCAGAUAUUGACCAAGACCGGCAAUAUGGACAUCUAUCAGGAGACAUAUGAAAAAAUUUGUGCUUUACUAAAUAAAGAUAAGAAAAAGAAUGAUGAUGCAAAUUUAGAUAUGUAUGCUGAUGAUUUUGAUCAAAAAGAAAAGCAGAAUCUUGAGGGUAAGUCUGAAAAUGAGUCUGCAUCCAAAGAUAAUGAGGAAGAGCCGGAGGCACACAAUAAUGAAGUGAAGUGGGAAUUCAAAUGGAGUCAAGAUGAUAAAGCCGAGAUAUCAGGACCACAUUCCACUCACCAGAUGCAAAAAUGGGCAUCUGAAGGAUAUUUCAAAACUGGUGUUUGGGCAAGGAAGCACGGAGAAGACAGUCAGUUCUAUAGCUCUAAUAGAAUUGACUUUGAAUUGUACAUGUAAAGUGUACAUUACCUGUAUAAAACUAUUUCACAAAAUAAAACAC